CCAAACAAAGCACGCGAGAAAAAGGAAAUAGGGAAAUUGGCUGAUAGCAAACUCUACAGGGAGAGAGAUGAGUUUUCUUGCAGGAAGAUUAGCAAGCACAGAGGGGUCCUAUUUCUUGCAAGAAUCCAAACAAGCCGUGACCCGGAUCUUACAGAACCAGAAGAAUUCUGCAGGCGUCGUUAAACCGAUUGCUGAAAAUAGUGAAAUUUCAUCGGCCGAUGUUCUUCCGGAGGUUCUGAGGCACUCUCUGCCUCCCCGGAUUUUUCAUGCCCCGUCGGAGAGUUUGAGCUCUUCCUUUUCCGGAACUUCGAAAUGGGCUCUGAAACCCGACCCGAAAGGGGGAGGCGGUUCGGGUGUUUCUGCUGAUGCUCUUAAUCCCCUGAGGGCUUAUGUUUCUCUUCCCCAGGUCACAUUUGGACCCAAAAGGUGGCAGCUGCCCGAUUCGGAGAACUCGGUUUUAGCCUCAACGGCGAAUGAUCUGCGGCAUGACAAAUAUACCCCAAUCAACCCUGAGAAGUUGAAGGCUGCAGCUGCAGGGCUAACUCAAAUUGGAUCGGCUUUUGCUGUUGCUACUGCUGUUGUGUUUGGUGGUGCCACCUUGAUCUUUGGGCUGGCAGCAUCGAAACUCGAGGUGCACAAUACUGACGACAUUCGGGCCAAAGGAAAGGACCUGAUUCAACCGAAGUUUGAAAUGUAUAGAGAGAAGUUAGUCCCUUUAAGAACUUGGGCGGAAGACGUGUCGAAGAAAUGGCAUUUAGAAAGGGAAGAAUCUUUGAAAGAGAAGCCUCUGAUAAAGGAGCUGUCCAGAAAACUGGGUGCCAAAACUUCCACUUGAAUGUCUUGUACUUCUUGUGUAGUUCUAGUACAGGGUUUGGUGCUUAUAUUUAUGGCUGCAUGCUGAAAGCAUAUUGUGAAGUAAAUGUAGAGAAUGGGAGAUGAGUUGUUACUACUGAAUAAGUGAUCUCUGUAGUAUAAGUUGUUGGGCAGUCUUGCAAUCUAUUGGCAAUUUAUGUGUUCUUGAAAAGCU